AUGGAGUCAAGUGGUAUUUUAUACAACGUUACUUCGCUAAUAGUGAAUACGGAGGCCACGUCGACCACAAUUACGAGUAUUGUGCAGAACACGACCAUGGCCAGUAAUGCGUAUGAAUGGAGAUUCAUAUUACCGCCAUACUUCGUAAUAUUCUUGCUCUCUAUAUCUGGAAACUUCCUCGUCAUAGCAACACUUGCCAGUAACCGUCGAAUGAGAACAGUCACCAACGUUUACUUAAUGAAUUUGGCAAUAUCAGAUUUUCUGCUCGGAGUGUUUUGCUUACCAUUCACACUUGUGGGGCAAAUAUACAGAAGAUUUUUUUUCGGAGCGGCAUUAUGCAAAUUAAUACCUUUUCUGCAAGCUGUAUCUGUAUCGGUGGACGUUUGGACUCUAGUAGCUAUUUCAUUAGAGAGGUAUUUCGCAAUUUGUAGACCACUGAAAUCAAGAAAGUGGCAAACACAAUGUCAUGCGUACAAGAUGAUAACUAUCGUGUGGACGUUUUCAAUCAUACUUAAUUCUCCUAUACUUAUUGUAUCAACAUUGCAACCCAUGAGAGGAAAUGCGUACAAGUGCAGAGAAGUUUGGUUAAGUCUGGAGAUGGAGAGAGUUUUCAACUUAACUCUUGAUGCCGCUUUGCUUCUUAUACCAUUCUUCAUUAUGUCCUUCGCUUAUUCACUUAUUGUUACAAAAUUAUGGAGAGGAAUGCGGCAUGAAAUACAACACAAUUUCAACUUUCAAAAACAUCUGAAUGGAGCACCAUGCAAAAAUAGUUUGAUGUCACCAACACCGUUGUCACAAGAAAAUCCGGCUGACCUAUGCUGCAGAACUGUUUGUCUUGCGAAAAAACCAACAAAGCAAAGCGAAACAGCACUCGAGGAGCGAAAAAUUCACUGCUGUCUACAUACUGAAUUUGAGUUCAGGCAUGUUGUAAGAUCUACACAUAUUGACAAGAGUAUCGAUGCGAAGAGGAAGGUAAUUCGUAUGCUGUUUGUGAUUAUUGUAGAAUUUUUCGUUUGUUGGACACCUCUGCACGUUAUCAACACGAUUUACCUUUUCUACCCCGAGGAGUUGUAUCAGUAUAUCGGUUCAAAGGGCAUCGUGUCUUUACAAUUACUAGCUUACUGCUCAUCCUGCUGUAAUCCUAUAACGUAUUGCUUCAUGAAUAGAAAAUUCAGACAAGCCUUCAUAAGCCUAUUUAAGAAUUUUAGAAUUCUACGGUGCUGCUUUCCUGAAAGUUCAGAUGGGGGCAAGCAGGUAACUCCUCCGCCAUCUAGUCAAGAUGCGACUGCGUGUAUCAUUCGAGGAAGCCAAACUGGACGCACAGAUUUGGACGGCCCGGAAGGUGAGGAUUGUGUUUAGCAGCGGUUCGCAAAGCACUGCCUUGGGCAACAGCGGUCACCCCGCGCUGGUAGCACCCGUCGUCUCGCGACCCAUUACCCAGGUUAUCGAAACAGGAGAGGAAGGAAGCCAAUUUCUGUAUCGAAUUACGUGGCCGAGAACGUUGCAAUCCAAGAGCAAUGCACAACCACUGUAUGAAUAAUUGAACUUAUGUGAGUAACUUAUUUCAGUGACAAGUGAAAUGUUUAUGAGCUUAAGAUAAUUCCUUGUUGAAAAAAAAAAUUAAUUUGAGUGAAAUUUAUUCAAGAUAAUUAUGGAUUAACUAAACCCACUAUGUAGCGAUAUUUUUAAAACUAGUGAAAAUUUGUAUAUGUCGUGUGUUAUAUGUAUAUUGUAUAUAAAAUAUUGGACGAUACUGAUUCAAAGUAUUCAUUCUAUAAGUGAUAUUAUAUUUGAGAUUAAAUGUAUAGAGAUAUGACUAAUAUAAUAAACAUUGAACUGUUUGUGCAACGAUGAGUGUUGAUAUCUUAUUUCAUAUAUUUUGUAUCGUUCAAGUAAUCAACUACUUUUCGGUAAUACAACAAAAAAAAUGUUCUCAACGUGAAAUUAUUUUCCAUACGUUUCAUCCCUACAUUGUUAAAUAAAAUAAAAAAAAAAAUACUUAAAAUGACUACAACUAAAAUAAUGACAGAUAAUGAAGUUUCUUUAAUGGUCAAUAAAAAACUUUAAACUAUAAUUUUAGAAUGAAAUUUUGAUUAAAAUAUACAAUCCAGACUAACUUUGAGUGUAACUUAGGACUAGAAUUUCAUAAUUUAUAUUGUAUAAAUAUUUACGUUAACUCAGAUGAAUUACACUGUGUGUUCCUUCCAUAUCCAAUUUUCAAUCAAAUCCAAUCCAAUUCCAAUUCAUACAUAACUUCAAUAAACAAACAAACAAAAAACAUAUUAUAUAAAAAAUUAAGAAUCGUGUUUCAGUGUUCACUUAUGAAAUAUUGGUUUACCUAAAUACUUAUUUUAAAUGAUAAGUAAUUCGCUAUUUUACUGGUUGUGACGUAAAAUUUUUCUAAAACAAAUCUAUUUUUUUAUGAUAUUAAAUAUAUUUUAAUAGUAAAGUAUUAAAAUUAAGCAAGUUUUUUUAAAUUCCUAUAUUAGUCGGUGCUUCAUCCAACCCUGAAACAGUAUAUAUAGCCUUCUGAAUCUUUUUAUAUUUAUUACCAAUUGUAUUUAUGUAUAUACUCUAGGUACUAGAUACUUAAGUAAAUAAUAAAACAAAACACAUCAUAGUGAGUAAGAUUAUUUGGAUAUAAUAAAUAAAUUUUAGUGUGCUUAAUAAAUAUUAUGUUAAUAAGUAAGAAAGAAAUUACAAACCUCUACGUAUUCUGAUUACUAAGAAAUACGAUAUAAUCUAACGUUUCCUGUGUCGUAUUUCCUUAAUAGUAAAAAACGUUUAGUAUGGUUUAGUUGAAUGUCUUCAAAAGGGUAUAAAGAUUACGGGAAAAAAAAAAUAUAUAUUAAGUAUACCAGAACGAAAUAAAUAUAGUAUUUUUUACAAAAAAUCAAACAAGCGUAAUAAGUAAAUAAUUUUGAGAUAGCUUUUAUGUUUGAUAAAAUACCUACUUUAUAUUUGAACACUGUAAAAUUAUAUGACAUAUAAAUUAAAAUGAAAAAAAAAAAUAUAACGAAGAGGUUCUUGAGCCUAAAAAUUGUCACGGGUCCAAUCUAUCAACAAUCACAUAAAAAAGCUUUAUGUACUCCUCCGUUUCCUGCCCCUAAGAGUAGCUUAAAGUACAAGUAAAUAAAAACAAAAGCAAGAUAACACUAUUACAAUAUAUUAUAUGAGCAAACAGAAAGAUUUCUAAGACGAUCAGCUAACAUAAAUAAACCAGCCGUGACAGUUAUCUUGUACGGUGGAUGAAAACAAAACUACGAAUAAAAUACGGUACACAUUUAUAUUUUAUUUGCGAUCUUUUUAUAUACUAUCAAAGAUAUUUUGUAAUAUAAAUAUCAAAAAGAAAAUUAAAUAAUAAUUAUGCAGUAUUAUUUUAUAAGUUUCCAUGUAAAUAAUUAAAAAUAGUAAAUUCUAGGUAAUGUAUAAACGUUUUCAUUCUGCACGAUAUUAAUGAAAUGGAGUAUUAUUAAAUAUUCUGUUUGAGUAUUGGAUUUUAAUGUACUGUUAUUUUAAUGAUACAU